GCCUCUUCUGCUGCUUCCCCUGCUGCUAAUAUCUUCACCAUGCCUACUGUCCAAGAUCUCCCCCCUGUCGGGGGCUACGACCCUAUUCAAUGGAAACGACACUUGCCCUCCAGGGGCUUCAGACCCAAGAUCUACUUUUUGGGCUUGGUGCUCUUCAUGUCCUACGGUUUUUACAAAAGUUGUCUGGCCAUCAGAGAGAGAAACGAAUUGAAACGAGAGAAGAACUGGGCGAGAAUCUACUUGUCUCCUUUGUUGAUAGCUGAGCACGACAGAAACUUGAUCCGUAAGCAUUUGGCUGACAGAUCAAAGGAAUCCAUAAUCAUGAAGAAUAUCACUGGUUGGGAUGUUGACGAAAACGUCUAUAACGAUGGCAGAUUUAGAAUCCCAACCUAUUCCUUUGCUGAUUAUAAAGACGAAUAG